AGUUACAUGGAAAUAUUCACUUAUUGCCUUCCCUAUCCUUUUCUUCACUUUCCAUUCAUUGCAAGAAGACAACUUCACUGUUUGGAGCGAUUUGGCAAUCCUCCAUUUCCCUUUUUUUCCCUCUAGGUUCGCCUCUCAAAUGAGAUAACGGAUGCAACUUUCUCCCUAAAUCAAUUUUCAUCUCUUCAAAUCUUCACCUUUCAAACGAAGCGUAGAGAAUUAAAGAAAAUCUAAAAGGAGAAAAAAAAGAAAAAAAAAAAAGAAAAGGCUCUUGCAUGAGGGAGAGGCGACCCUAAAAUAAGGGAAAAAAAAUAAAAAGAAGGGAAGGAAGUGAGUGAAGCGAUGGACUAUGUCGGCCAAAUUUGUACUUAUCUUUAAGGAAGAUCAAUCAACGUGGCGGCCGAGCCCAGACGACAGACUAGCAGCCAAGUAAGAAAUCCCCCUCUCUAAUGCGUGCUGUUUAUGCACUCCUUCCCCUCCUUUCCUCCUCAAUCAUAACUCAUCAUUCCUGCUUUCUUCCAUUCAUGAUUCGCCAGUCGCCACCCCCUGAAUUCAUUUCUCUGUCCACGUAUAUAUAUGUAUAAAUGCUCUAUACAACACAUAUUUCAUCAUACUUAUUAUAACUGUGUCUGUAUUCUCUCCCACCUCCAUAUAAAUAUGAUUGGCCCUCCUAAGGCAAGCUUUUUCCUUGGACGGUUGUUAUCUACCUAAAACAGAAUCUUCUCCUCAAUUCUUCUUUCUUUCUUUCUUUCUUUCUUUCUUUCUUUCCUUUUGGGUGAGCAGGUCACCCAGAGACUGAUAGUUGAUUUCUUCAAGAACAAAAGAAGAAAAAGGGAAAAAAAAAAAGGGUUCUUUUUCUUUUUUCGUUUUUACCUAUCGGGUGAUAUGGAAGGGGGGUGUUGUUCAAGCACAGAGAAAAGAAAGGAAAGGGAAAAUCAUCACCAACAGGAGAAACCCUACAGAGGAAUAAGGAUGAGAAAGUGGGGUAAAUGGGUGGCUGAGAUUAGGGAGCCUAACAAGAGGUCAAGAAUAUGGCUUGGCUCCUACUCUUCUCCGGUGGCAGCGGCGCGGGCUUACGACACCGCCGUCUUCUACCUUAGAGGCCCUUCUGCGAGGCUUAACUUCCCUGAAUGCAUAGUUGAAGAUGAUGAGCUGCAUGACUUGUCUGCGGCUGCUAUUAGAAAGAGAGCUACUGAGGUCGGAGCCAGAGUUGAUGCGCUUCAACAAACUGCGGUGCAUGCUUCUUCGACAAAAUCCAAUUCUACUCCUCCUCGCCUGGAGAAGCCUGACUUGAAUGAAUAUCCUAGCCCGGAAACUUCUGACGACAACUGAAAAACGAUGUCGAGGACAACUACUUUGAUGGCUUUUUUGUUUUCUUGGCGACAAGCAAGAUGAUCAGGAACUAGAGAUGACCUCCGAAGGGAGACUUAGAGCUGUAACGGGGCAAAAAGACGAUGGACUAAAAGAGAGUAUGCUAUAUUCUUGGAGGGUAGUGCGUGUAACUUAUGAUUUCGCGGCUGUUAGUGAAAAGAUUUCUCAUUGGAAUCGAUGUUUUGAGAUGUAUAAUCCAAAGGGAUUAUAUGUUGCUUAAAUUCUAUUACAUAUAUAUAGUUGUGAAAUUUUAUGAGGAUUAAAGAUGAUAAACCAUCUAUAUAGCCUUAAGUCCUGAAUGAAUCAUUUACUAAUUAAUUCCCUCUC